AUGCAGCCCAUCCCUGCCACCCACCUCCUUCUUCUUCUUUCAUUUCUUUUUCAUUUCCUUUUUUUUUUUUUUUUUUUUUUUUUUUUUUUUUUUUUUUUUUUUUUGCUUGUGGCUGCAGGCCCUGUAGGUUAUGAAAGCAUCUAUGAGGAUGCGAUCAACAUGAAGAAUUCUUCUGCCUGCAUUGUGGCCACAAAGUGGAAGCAGCUUUGGUUCUCUGAAUUAGAUCAUGUAUCCAAUGGAAGUGACAACCCAAGUAAUGAAAACUCCGGCACUGUUGCCCUCUAUGUAACGUACCAAGUACUCAUAUUGUUCUUCAGGUAUCCUAGGUCAGCUACUCUACUUUUGUCGUCAUGGGAAAUUGCACUUCUACCUUCCUUUUACCCGUACCUGAAUCCAGCCCCAUCCUUCGAAACACAGUCUACUGCCUAUUCGGUAUCCGGAAUCAGUGGCGCCGCAUGUACCGGAGUAUUUCGUACUAGCAGUGCUUCGGAAGGCUCCACAUCUGAUUUGAGGGACCGGAUGGGAUACCAGCCAAUCAAUGUAACACCACUUCAACUUCAUCUCGUCCUUUUCCGGAAACUCCUUGGUCCAAUCCGAGCCGCCACCAGCGGCGUGGCUGGGUCCUUCUUAGCAUAUGUCGCGGUCAGCACCAUGGCAAAAACCCCCACUAUCGAAUACUUUCCCGAGCUCUUUCUCUUUUUUUCUUUUUCUCUCUCUUUUUUUUUCUUCUAG